AUGUUCAAAUUUAUGUUCUGGUACUACUGGUACUUGUGGAUCGCGCUGUUGGCUUGCCUGGCACUCGCGGUGCUCUGCGGCUGGUGGCUGUACCGGCGAAGGCGCUCGAGCAUGAUGGACGACGGAACGAUAUCCGAUCGUGCGUCCACCGGCUCCUGCUACCUACCGCCCCAUUACAGCCGCUGCAGCUCCAUCGUCCAGGCCCUACCGCCACCCUACAAUGAGGUGACGGCAAAGCCAGACCUCUACCCGCUGGUGAUCGGGUACGACGACGGCUUCGGCAAAGGGGCCUCGGGCCUCGUGAUGCGUUACUUCAGGUCGCUGUCGCACGCCAGUACCCUGGACUCGCUGAGCUCGAGUUUCAUGUGCAACGUCGUCAACGAGGCCAACACCAUCAUACCGCCCCCCUACUCGUGCAACAACAGCAUCGACGAGCUCUCGAGCGCCGGGGCGGCUGCUUUGGGUGCCGUAGGCGGGACGCGCGAGCGACCAACGAAUUUUGGCGAUGGCUCGUUGGCCUCUCUUGCCAACCAUCGGACCACAUCCGACGUUUCGAGUUUGGCGGCUCAGUCGCCGCUGUCGCCUCCAAGGGCCACAAGUCCCACGAUAGAGCUGCGCGAGCUCUUGGACAAAAUCCAGCAGUUGCCCCAGCUACCGGCAGCGCAGCAAAACCGGCCGCAAGCUCUGUUCUCCCUCGGCCUGUGCCACCAGCGCUCAGCCAGUCCCCCGGACGACGAGCCCACGGCCCCGACGACGGAGGCCAGUGGCAGCAACGGCACCCGCACCAAGCGCACACGGGGCAAGACGUACGUCUCGGUCGGCCCACCACCAGCCGCACCGCGGCCCACCAAGUCCAGGUCGUGGCUGUCGAGAUCGGCCCCAACCACCCCCUCGGGCGCCAACGCGACCGGCUUCCUCGCGAGCCACCUCUACUACCACAACAACAUCAACGGUGCCGGUGGCAACAACAACAACAACAACAACAACCACUCGCACCUGCACCACCACCACCAUCAUCAUCAUCAUCGCCUGCACCACCCACACUUGCACUCCACCGAGGCGAGCAACAGGCAGCAAGCCGUGCCCCUGUUGCUCGCCGAGCAGGACGAGAACGUUCCCGAGAUCGUUUAA